AUGAAGCUUCAAGCACUCAACCUCGUUUUCGCGCUGCUGUUCUUUGUAAACUGCUGCAGGGCCGGGCUGUCCUUCGGCAGCUCUGCUGACUAUGUCCAGAACCUACGAUCCGUUGUAGACGCCGCCAACGAGGCGGGUCCUCUAAGAAACGCCGGCACGCUGGUCGCAACCGAGCCCUGGAUCCCCGGCGCUGCUCUGGAGUAUGAAGUGCUCCGGACUCUGCACGCUGAAUCGGGCAAGUACGCCAUAGUCGGAACCAUUGAGCGUCGUGACAGACGUGACAGGCUGGUCGAUACAUACAACAUCUACGGCAGGCCUUUGGAAGUCACACUGCCCGGACAUCAAGCCCGGAGCCAGCGCAUCUUCCUCUUCGGGUUGGGUGUCGACGGUCAUUAUGCGCCGUUCGGUUGGGCGAAGUACCAAACCGGUGGUUUCGAACACGCCCAUAACAGCUUCUUGCAGCACGCUAAGGGCCUGGACGUCCAGAGGGAUUGGUCGCACAUGCACUACGUUAGAGGCUUUCCCCCAGUACAGUAA